AUGAUUCCGAAAAGAGCGAAAGUCUCCAGUCUAUAUGAGGAGAGCAAAACGAUAUCUCUAGAUGAUAUGGAAACUCCUUAAUUUAACAAUACUAGAAGAAGAGUGCUAACUUAAAUUGAAGAUGAUCAACCUAAAUUGGUUUUACCUAAGAUCAAGUUAGGAAAUAAACACUUUAAUCCGUCGAUCAUAAAUAAUAAUAAUGAGAGAAAGUUUAAGUUAACUGGAGCUAAAGAUGCAUUCUUUAAGCCAAGAUAAAUUAAUAGGUUGCCGUAAAUAAUCUAAAAAUAAGGAUUGAAAAAAAAUGAAAAUAAUCUAUCUUAACCUGAAAUCAAGGAAUUGUAUUCCUACUAACAUUAUAAAGCGUCAGCAUAUACUCUCAGUAUUCAUGAAUGA